AUGGCAAGAUUGGUUUUACUUUUAGCUCUAUUCAUGCUGCCAGCGAUUGCUAGUGCCCACUUUGCCGGCAACCCAUUUCUUGUAACGGGGAUUGUAUAUUGCGAUACUUGCCGCUGUGGGUAUGAGACCUACGCCAGUAAAGUCCUCGCUGGUGCUGCAGUUAAAAUUGAGUGCAAAAACAAUGACAAGAUCACAUACCAAAUCGAUGGUGUGACUGACUCUACUGGAUCGUACAAUAUACUCGUACAUGGUGACCGUGGGGACGAUGUAUGCGAUGCAAUGUUGGUGAAGAGUUCAGAUCCCGAAUGUGCCUCGCCUAACAUAGGUCGCGACCGUGCUCGAGUCAUCCUCACCCGCAACAAUGGCAUGACCUCUGACACUCGAUUCGCUAAUGCCAUGGGAUUCCUCAAGAAUGAGCCAUUGGCAAGCUGCCCCCAGAUCCUCCAGAAAUACCAAGAAGCUGAAGAUUGA